AUGCUUUCUGUUAUCCAGGAACAAGCUGCUGUGCUGCUAGAGAAAUAUCCGGCUCUUAAGGAGUUUGAGCCAUGUUUGGAACGGCCAUUUUUCAACAUUUCGUUGUGGGACCAUUUCGACAUUUUGGCGUCGAAAAUCAGCAAUGGACACUUUGUUCCCAGCAGAUUCGAGUUUGUGCCUGGCCAACUUCCGUUGAGUGAGCUGCCACAAGUCUUGGCCGCUAUUACUACCUAUUACGUCGUGAUUUUUGGCGGCAGAUACAUGCUGAAAAACUCAGAGCCCUUUAAACUCAACGUUUGGUUCCAGUUGCACAACUUGUUUUUGACUUUACUGUCGUUGACACUUCUGGUCUUGAUGGUGGAGCAAUUGGUUCCCUUGAUCGCCACCAACGGGCUGUACUACGCCAUUUGCAACGCUGGUGCGUGGACUCAACCUUUGGUGACCUUGUACUACAUGAACUACAUCACCAAAUUCAUUGAAUUCAUUGAUACUGUUUUCUUGGUUUUGAAGCACAAAAACUUGAGAUUUUUGCACACUUACCACCACGGUGCUACCGCGUUGUUGUGCUACACCCAGCUAGUCGGUACAACUUCCAUUUCCUGGGUAGUCAUUUCCUUGAACUUGGGAGUGCAUGUGGUGAUGUACUGGUACUAUUUCCUAGCCGCCAGAGGUAUUAGAGUAUGGUGGAAGGAAUGGGUUACCAGAUUCCAGAUUAUUCAAUUCGUUUUGGAUAUUGGGUUCAUUUACUUCGCCGUUUACCAAAAGUUUGCCCAUAUUUAUGCCCCAGAACUACCACACUGCGGUGAUUGUGUGGGAUCCACCACGGCAACUUUUUCAGGAUGUGCUAUUGUUUCAUCAUACCUAUUUCUAUUUGUGGCUUUCUACAUCGAAGUCUACAGACGCAGAGGCACAAAGAAGUCUAGAAUUGUAAAGCGUGUUCGUGGUGGUGUGGCCGCUAAGGUCAACGAGUACGUCAGCGUCGACUUCAAGCACACGUCUACCCCAUCUCCUUCUCCCUCCCGGAAAUAA